AUGUCAUCAGUUGACAGUGCUAUGUUUGUUUUGUUUUUAAGGCUUGAAUACAGGUACAUGAAGUUAGUCCAGUCAAGUUCCAGUAAGGAAGGUGAGCUUCCGUCAGCAGAGAGUUGUGCAAUUGAUGAUGAUGAUGAAGAACAAUACGAGGAUAGCCUUUCAUUUAGUGAUAAAGGAAAUGGACUUCUUGGAAAAUUCCGAGCCAUUCGAGUUGGAAACAGUAAGGAUGGAGAUGCCCAGUUUGAAACCAUCCACUUGACAAAAAAGGACACUUUAUCAUAAAGACUGGACAAGAGAUGGGACUUACCUCGUACACCAGUUUUUUAACUAGAAGAAUAUGACAUUGAGUGCCUGUCUUUUAGCCGUCUCACCAUUUAUUUCCAGACUGAUUGUUGUUCAACAUUUGCAUUUGUUAAAUAUAUUACAGAAAAUUUAAAUACCUUACAAAAUAUAACUUCAAAGAUACUUUCUGCUGUUUAUGUGUCUAGUCAUUAUGUUGUGAACUUAUUUCUGUUUUGUAAUUUUGUGUAUCAGUAACAUUCCAGUUUUUACGUCUCUAUUUAAAUCCUAUGCUGCUCUGUGAAUAUUUUAAAAUGUUUGUUCAUUUUAAGCAAUAUUUAACUUGAUUAAUAAGUUUAUACCUUUUAAUGUAAACCAAACCUCAUGAAUCAGUUGAAGAACAUUUUUACUGUUUUAGUUUACAACUUUUGCGUGAUACCAUUAAUCUUUACUGUUUAAAUAUUACACUGUGUUUACGGCUCCAACUAUAUAGUUUUACUGUCUUUAUAACUUUGGCCUGAUACCAUUAAUCUUUACUGUUUAAAUUUUACACUGUGUUUACAGCUCCAACUAUAUAGUUUUACUGUCUUUACAACUUUGGCCUGAUACCAUUAAUC